GCAGAGGGUCUUCUCGGGAAGUGACGGAGGGGGCCAGAUCCAGCCUCCUCUCGAGGAAUCCCUUCCUUUCCACAGAGCUUGCCAAAAACUCCCGGACGGGCACUUGCUGGCUGCGCUUGAGGUCCUUCGUUUCCUCUUCACGGGGCAACAGAAAGUUCAUAUCCCACACCCGCUUGACGGGCCUUCGACUAGGAGAAGCCUCUCUUCUCAGCCAAGUGAGUGAAGGCAUCGUUUCACAGAAGGGAGAUGGAAGAACAGGACCCAGAAGGACCUGGAACUGGCAAGGCAGCAAGCAAAGGCCCCCUUCUCCUGCAAGCUGGGAAUGGUGUUGAAUUCCAAGAAAGAGCCGUUCCAGAGAUCCUGGCUAAGGACAUUGUGACCUCAGAUAUACAUUGCCAAAGGUUCCGGCUGUUCCAGUACCACAUGGCUGAUGGGCCCCGGGAAGUUUGCAGCCAGCUCCAUGGACUUUGCAACCACUGGCUGAAGCCAGAGAGGCAUACCAAAGAGCAGAUCCUGGAUCUGGUGAUCCUGGAGCAGUUCCUGGCCAUCCUGCCCCCGGAGAUGCAGUGCUGGGUCCAAGGGUGUGGGCCAGAGACCAGUUCCCAGGCAGUGGCCCUGGCUGAAGGUUUCUUUCUGAGUCAGGCAGAGGGGAAGAGGCAGGCAAAACAGAUGUGGGAGCCAUCCAUGAAGACAGAAGAUGCAUUCCCUCAAGUGGAAGGAACUUUCUUAGAGCAAGGGCAGAGUGCUCAAACCAUGGAUCAUGCCCAAGGUGCCCUCUCCUGUGCAGAAGAUGAUCAGAAGUGUGAGGAGAGUGAGGAACUUCAUCAGCAAUCACCAGAUAAAGUUCAAAAGGAAGACGUGAAAGGAAACUUCUGUCAUCAAGGCAAACCAAAGAGUCAGAAAGGCAGCCAAGGGGGGGAUUUCCAAAAAGUCAUUCACAUGGAGAAAGAAACAUACGAGUGCUAUGGAAUGAACUUUUCAGAUCAAACCCAAUAUAAUGUCCAUUUCCAUGGAAAGAAAUUCAGUUUGAAUGACACUCUUGAAAACCAUCCAAAACCUCACAAAGUGGAAAAACCUUUUGAAUACUUAGAAGGUAAAAAGAAAUUUAGUAGGCAUGGCCAUCUUCUACAUCACCAAAGAACCCACACAGGGGGGAAACCUUUUGGAGACUCAGAGUGUGGAAAGAGAUUUAAUCAGCUUGGACAACUUCAGCAGCAUCAAAGCACCCACAAAGGGGAGAAACCUUUUGAGUGCUCAGAGUGUGGGAAGAGAUUCAGUUGGAAUAGCAAUCUUCAAAAGCAUCAAAGAACCCACACAGGGGAGAAACCUUUUGAGUGCUUGGCGUGUGGGAAAAAAUUCAGUAACAGUGGCAAUCUUCAGCAGCAUCAAAGAACCCACACGGGAGAGAAACCUUUUGAGUGCUCGGAGUGUGGGAAAAAAUUCAAUUACAGUAGCAAUCUUCGAGAGCAUCAAAGAACCCACACGGGAGAGAAACCUUUUGAGUGUUUGGUGUGUGGAAAGAGAUUCAGUCAGAGUAGCAGUCUUCAAGUGCAUCAAAGAACCCAUACAGGGGAGAAACCUUUUGAGUGCUCAGAGUGUGGGAAGAGAUUUAGUCUUCUUUGCAAUCUUCAAGUGCAUCAAAGAACCCACACAGGGGAGAAACCUUUCGAGUGCUUGGUGUGUGGAAAGAGAUUCAAUGACAGUAGCAAGCUUCAACUGCACGAAAGAACCCACACAGGGGAGAAAACUUUUGAAUGCUCAGAAUGUGGGAAGAGAUUCAGUCAGAGUUGCAAUCUUCAACAGCAUCAAAGAACUCACACAGCGGAGAAACCUUUCCAGUGCUCAGAGUGUGGGAAGAGAUUCAGUGACAGUAGCAAGCUUAAGCAUCAUCACAGAACCCACACAGGGGAGAAACCUUUUGAGUGCUCAGAGUGUGGAAGAAGAUUUAGUCUUCUUGGCAAUCUUCAGGUGCAUCGAAGAAUCCACACAGGGGAGAAACCUUUUGAGUGCUCACAGUGUGGGAAGAGGUUCAGUUCCAAUGGCAAUCUUCAAAAACAUCAAAGAACCCAUACAGGGGAGAAACCUUUUGAGUGCUCAGAGUGUGGGAAGAGAUUUAGUCAGAGUAUCCAUCUUCAACAUCAUCAAAGAACCCACAUGGGAGAAACUUUGUAAGUGUUCAGACUGGAAGAAAUUUAGAGAGCAAUCCUAAGCCGGUCUACUCUGAAUUCUACUAAGUUCUAUUCAAUAGGGCUUACUCCCAGGAAAGUGCUCUUAGGAUUGCACUGUCAAUCAACUUGGCAAUUUUUAGCCGCAUCAAGGAAGCCAGUCUUCAGCAGCAUCAAAGAAUCCACACAGAGGAGAAACCUUUUGAGUGCUCAGACUGGAAAGUGAAGAGAUUCAUACAGCAUGGCAGUCUUCGAAAGCAUCAACGAACCCACACAAGUAGAAGCCAUUGAAGUAUUUAGUCUGUGAAAAUAAGUUUUCUCUUAUUUCACACAUAAAAGACAAUCACAGACUA